UACUAUCGGUUUGUUUACUUUAUUUAUUUGUGUCAGUUUGUAGUUUUGAAAAGAGUAGUACGAUAAGCAAUUUAUAUAUCUUGUAAUUGUGUGUACUAUGUUGUAAAAAUCUUAAUUAAAUAUAUUUUAUUUUUUGACCUUAAAUUUUCUGCAAAAUGGAAAAUGUUGGAGAAUUGAUAGAUUCUCAAUUUUUAUCAGAAAGUGUUGGUUUUUUAGAAAAUUGUUUUGAAAACUCCUUCACGGUUUUGCAAACAUCAUUGAAGGCGGUGAAAGAAUAUUUAACUGAAGAAACACAGACUGAAUUGCCAUUAAAAAAAUCCACUUCUAUAAGAAAAGCAAAUCAGUCCAUCUUUUACAAAUCAACCCUUGAGAGAAAUGAUAAAAAUAAGUUGAAUCGAACUGAGAGUGGGUUAGAAAAUAUUAAUGUAAAACAUCAAAAAUUAAAAGACUGGGGCUUACCAGAAGAAAUAGCCAUGAAAUAUGAAAAUAGGGGUGUUACUAAAAUGUUUGAUUGGCAGGUUACUUGUCUCAGUAACCCAAAAGUACUAAUGGACUGCUGUAAUUUAGUUUACUCUGCUCCCACCUCAGCUGGGAAGACUCUUGUAGCUGAAAUUAUUACUAUUAAAACUAUAUUGGAGCGUCAUAAAAAGGUGAUAUUUAUUGUGCCUUUUGUUUCUAUUGUGAGAGAGAAAAUGUUCUAUUUACAAGACAUCCUGUCCUGUUCAGGAAUUCGUGUUGAAGGUUUUAUGGGGUCUCAGUCUCCACCAGGAGGACUGCAUGCUGUUCAUGUAGCUAUUUGUACUAUUGAAAAAGCGAAUGGUUUAGUAAAUAGACUUCUGGAUGAUGGUAGUAUAUCAGAAUUGGGUGCCAUUAUUGUCGAUGAGCUUCACUUGCUUGGUGAUCCACACCGUGGUUAUAUACUGGAACUUCUCCUUACUAAAAUUAAAUAUAUUUCUAUGAAAUUAGAAGAUACUCAAAUUCAAAUUGUUGGAAUGUCAGCUACAUUACCAAAUUUAAAGGUGUUGGCUAAUUGGUUAGAAGCUGAGCUUUUCAUAACACAAUUUAGACCAAUACCUCUAGAUGAAUAUUGCCUUGUAGGCAAUAAGUAUUACAAUAAGCAUGGAGAAUAUUUGAAAUUUAUUGAUGAAACCUCUGCCACAGAGGACAGUGACAAUAUAUUAAAAAUAUGCCUAGAUACUAUCAGAGAAAAUUGUUCUGUUUUGAUAUUUUGUAUGACAAAAAAUAGAUGUGAAAAUUUAGCUCAAAAUUUAUCAUCCUCUAUUUUUAAAAUAGGGUGUUCAGGAAGCGACAUGGGUAUUGUUCUUAGAAACCAAUUAGAUACUGAUAAUAUUUCUGAAAUGCUAGAACAGUUAAAAAAUUGCCCUGUAGGCUUAGACCAAGUUUUGAGGAAUACAGUAUCAUUUGGAGUGGCUUACCACCAUGCAGGACUUACAUUUGAUGAAAGAGAUAUCAUUGAAGGUGGAUUCAAAUCAGGAGCCAUAAGAAUUUUAGUAGCUACAUCUACAUUGAGUUCUGGUGUUAAUUUACCUGCUCGGAAAGUAAUAAUAAGAACUCCUGUAUUUCAAAGGCAACCAAUUAAUAUUCUUACUUAUAAACAAAUGGCGGGUAGAGCUGGAAGGAUGGGGAAAGACACAAAAGGAGAAAGUAUAUUAAUAUGUACUGAAGCAGAGAAGAAAAUUGGUUUUGAUCUGAUGAUGGGAGCUCUAGCUCCAGUUAAAAGUUGUAUACAAAGUGAAGACAAAUUUAUGAGAGCUGUUCUUGAAAUGAUAGCAAGCCAAAUUGUCUGUACUGAGUCUGAAUUGGAAUUGUAUUCUAAAUGUACUUUGCUAUUUGCAGAACAAGAGAGUAGCAUGUCAGAUGGUAUUCUUUUAAGUGCAACAUUAAAGGAAUUGAUGAAUUAUGAGCUUGUAAGAAUGCAGAAAAAUGGUGAAGAUACACAAUAUGUGGCUACUGCUCUUGGUAAAGCUUGUCUUUCAUCAUCAAUGGCCCCCAAUGAUGGACUAUCUUUGUUUUGUGAGCUGCAAAAAGCUAGACAAUGUUUAAUGUUGGAAAAUGAUUUUCAUUUGAUUUAUUUGGUUACACCUUAUAGUGUAAGCAAUCAGUGGAGUGAAAUAGAUUGGCUACAUUUAUUAACUUUAUGGGAAUCAUUGACUAAAGGGAUGAAAAAAGUUGGAGAAUUGGUUGGUGUUCAGGAAAGCUUCAUUAUACGCGCUUUAAGAGGAGGUAAAAAGUUUGAUAAUUCUCAACAAAAACUUAAUAUACAUAAGAGGUUUUAUACAGCAUUAGCUUUACAAGAUUUAGUAAAUGAAAUGCCUUUAUCUCAAGUUGCAGCUAAAUUUCAAUGUUCUAGAGGAUUUCUGCAAAGUCUUCAACAAGCUGCAGCUACAUUUGCAGGAAUGGUAACUGCUUUCUGUAAUCAAUUGGGAUGGAAAAAUAUGGGAAUGUUGGUAUCACAAUUUCAAGAUCGUUUACAUUUUGGGAUACAAUCAGAUUUAAUUGAAUUGAUGAAAUUGCCAUCUUUAAAUGGUGUAAGAGCCCGUAGUCUAUUUGAUAAUGGUUUCGAAACAGUUUCUAGCAUUGCAACUGGAGAUGUUCACAGAAUAGAAAAUGCCCUAUAUAAAUCAGUACCCUUUCAAAGUGAGAAACUAAGAGAUGAUGAUGACAAUGAAGAUUUCAGAAAACGUAAUAAGAUUAAAAAUGUUUGGAUUACUGGAAAUUGUGCAGUGACAGCUAAACAAGCAGCUGAGAUUUUAAUAAUAGAAGCUAGAAAGUAUUUAGAAUAUGAAAUUGGUAUAUCUAAUAUAAAGUGGGAAAAAAAGAAUUUAGUCGAAUUUGAAAAUAACACCUGUUCUAGUUUAAGCAGAACAGAUGUAAGAAAAGAUGCUUGUAGCUUAAAUUGUAUAGAACAAGUAGUUGGUAAUACAAUUAGUACAGAUAAUGGACUCAAAAUAACAACAGAAAACGCUGUGUCCUUACAUUCAUUCAGUGUUUCUUUGGCUAGUGCUCAUACAAAAAAUCAUGACAUUGACGAUAGUAAUUUAAGAGGCCAGAUAUUAGAUGGAAGUGGUGAUGUUAAUAAUAAAAUUAACAAUGAUAAUACUUUUUGUGAUGAUGUGAAAUGUAUAGAAAAUUUGAAUAAUAAGAGUGGGGUUACUCAGGAUAGAAAUAAUACUACAGAUAAUUUUAAAAAUCAUGGAACGCCUUUAAAAGCUAUAAAAAAACAUGUGACUAAGGAAGAUAUUACAUGGGAAUCUCUUAAUUUUACCGAAAUUCCAAUUGGGGUUACUAAAAACAUUAAAGACAGUCAAAUGUUAAAUAACCAAAUGUUUUCACCAAACAUUAGCCUAGAUGGUGUAGAAGAAAGAUUUGAAUUCAAAGAUUUUGAAAGGGCAUCGACAUUAAAAUUGUCAUCUAAAGAUUUAAGUCUCUUUUCUUCUGAUGGUGAUAAUUCUAGUUUAUUUGAAGAUAGUCUACCUCUAGAUUUAAUACCUAGUAAACUGCUUAACAAUGUGGAUGAAAAUGUUGAUAAGCAAACCUUAAAAGGAAAUGAAACCAUGAAUCCGAUGGAUAUUAUUUUAAAUGAAAUAGAUGAAGAUGAAAAUAUUAAAUUGGUUUAUGAGGAUGAAAAGAAUUCAGAAAAUAAAUAUGAUUCUGGAUUUAACAUGUCCAUUGAUAUAGAUGAAAUUAAUACUCAAGAGGUGAAAGAUAUGUCAAUAAAACAUUGUUUUGUUAGUCCAUAUAAAUAUUACAGAGACAUUAGUAAUGAAGAUAGUUCAAUGCAACCACCGAAAAAAGUAAAAAGGAAUGAUUCUUUGACAGUUAACAGAACACAAAAACGAAUGAAUAUCCCCAACGUGAAAAAUAGUUCAUCAAAAAAGCUUACACUAAGUGUCAAUAAUAUUAAAUUCCAAUGUUAUGUGCUGAAAGAAAAAGAUAUUAUGGAUAAUAUAAAUAUUUUUGAUCAGGUUGACAAUGUGUCAGUUUAUAUAGAUGUGAAAGAUAAUUUACCUUGUAGAUUAAAUACCAUCGGGACAAACAUCCUUAAAUCAGCAAAGCUAGGUGCAUCAAGCACUAAUGAAUUUGGUAAUAACAACACAAUCAACAUUAAAAGUAUUACAAUGGCUUAUUGUCCAACAUUGUGUGUUUCAUUAGACUUGACAUCAUUAGAUUGCAGAAACAUAAUUUUGUUUAAAAAUAAGUUUAGUGCAUUGUUUAAACGGAAACACUUAAAAUGGAAAUAUUUAUCAUUGCAAUCAUUAUUUGUUCAUUUUAAACGUUUUCUUAAUAUAGAAAUACCUUUACCUUGGAUUGACAUAUCUCUUGUUGAAUGGCUGAUAGACAGUGACGAAAAACCUCCACGUUUAUCGUGUUUAGUAAGUGAAUAGAGUCUUACUUGUUAUUAUGUCUUUAUUUUAUAUUCUUGUAACAUGUUUUAUAAAUCACUCCAUUAUUUUUCAAAUUAUGUUUAAUUAUAACUUUUUAAACGAUUAGGGGUACUAAAAAUUGUAACAUUUCAGGUGAAAAAAUAUUGUGAUAUUGAUUUAUCUUCAGUAUCUAUUCGCAUUGAUAAUAAAGAAAAGAAAUACAAAAACUUAGAACUGUAUGAAGAAUCAUUCCUUAGAACAUGGUUCAUAUGGGAUAUAGCAGAAAAGAUGUAUAAUAGUUUGCAAUCUCAAUAUAUGAUCGUCUCUAAUACUACCGGUAAUUUUUACAUAAUUGUUAGAACAUGCUUUUAACAGCAACUUUAAGUAAACAUGAAAGACUUAGAACGAUAAACAACCUGACCAUCAAUCAAUUAAUUAAAAUAAAGUUGUUGCGGAAUAUGUUCCUUAGAGCCGGAAUUUUUAUGACAUAUCGGCAUAAAGUUACUCGAUUGCUUUAAAACCUAUCUAUUCAGUUUCUUUUCUGAAAAAUCUUUAUUUUAGAUGUAGAGUCACAAGUUCUUAGGAUAUUAUGCAGAUGUGAAUACAGUGGCGUCACAGUAGAUAAAAAAUUAGUCUCGCAGUUGUUAAUUGAUGUGAGACAAACACAAGAAAUACUCCAAAAGAAAGCUUUUAAGAUAUGUGGCCAUCAUUUCAAUUUUAAUUCUUCCAAAGAUGUUGCUAAGGUAUUUUCUUAUAAAUUUUGUUAAAAAUGUAACUAAGUUUUCCAACGGAAUCAGUUCAUACUUUGUAUUUCAUGAUUUCUUCAGGUAUUAGGAAUAUACAAAGGGCGAAAAGUCACUACGAAGAAAAGCGUUUUGACAGCACACAACACGCCCAUUUCAAGUAUAAUAAUAUACUGGCGAAAACUUAAUUCUAUUUUAACAAAAACCUUGUAUCCAUUAACUGAGAAAGCUUGCAUAUAUAGCGAAGAUGAUAGGAUAAAUCCAUCUUAUACAAUGUACACAUGCACGGGUCGAGUUAGUAUGCAUGAACCAAACUUGCAAAAUGUACCACGUACAUUUUCUAUUCCUAUGAAAUACAUUUCGUUGAAUAAUGAAGAAACCUGUGAGGUGAUUGAAUUCAACUGUCGAAACGUCUUCAAGGCGGCACCUGGAUACGUUCUGGUAUCGGCGGAUUACUGCCAGUUGGAAAUGAGGAUCUUGACUCAUUAUAGCGAGGAUCCGGUGCUCACUGAGAUUAUGAGUUCCAAUGUAGAUGUAUUUAAGUCCAUCGCGGUAUCAUGGAGUGGUAUUAGUGAAGAUGAGGUGAGUUCAAAAUAACCAGCUAAUUUCAAAUGACUUUAUUACAUUAUUAAUUUGUCACUUGCGAUUUACCUAUGUAUUUUGGUUAA